AUGGCUCCUUCGGUCGUUGUAUCGACGUUGUCGAAAUUCCCUUCAUGGGUGCCCAGGUCGUCGGCGGUCGUCAACGGGUUGAUUCUGUUGACUUCCUUCAGCACUGCCACGGUCCUCGGUUACGACGCGUCCAUGAUGAACGCAUUGAACAUUCUCCCCUCCUACACCGAUUAUUUCUCGCUGAGUGCCGCCACCAUUGGACUGAAUUCUGGUAUCGUGUGGAUCGGGGCCAUUUUCGGUAGUCUGGCGUUGGUCAAGCUCCCCGACCACAUCGGGCGCAAGCCCGCCGUAUUCUACUCGGCUGUGUGUGCCAUCGUCGGCAGUGUGCUGCAGGGCGCCGCACAAAAUAUCGCCAUGUUCCUGGUCGCAAGGUUCAUCCUGGGUUUCGGCCUCGGAGGCACGUACGUCGCAGGUCCACUGCUGAUCGCCGAAACACUGCCGUUGAAGCUUCGAUCGUAUGGGUUGGGUGCUUUCACGGACUUGUACUAUGCGGGGGGCCUUCUUUCUGCCGGUGUCACGUACGGAACAGCGCAGAUGCAGUCAACAUGGGCCUGGCGUCUGCCUUCGCUGUUGCAAAUCGUCUUCACCCUAGUUUCCAUCAUGGCGCUGCCGUGGAUCCCAGAGUCGCCGAGAUAUCUCGUCCACAAGGGGCGACAGGAGGAUGCUCUUCGGUCCAUUGCGCAGUGCUGCUCCAACGGCGACACCACGGCUCCGCAAGCUCAGGCGACCCUCCUACAGAUCGUGCAGGCCUGGGAGCUGGAGAGAAAUUUCGAGGAGCCAUCACUGAAGGACAUCGCGAAGGCCCCGGGCUUGCGCAAGCGCAUGCUCAUCGUCUUGACGGUGGCUGCAUUCUCCCAACUGACGGGUUCCGGUCUGUUCUCCUACUACCUGGGCUCGGCACUCACCAACGCCGGCGUGACCGACUCGACCACCCAACUGGAAAUCAACAUCAUCCUCAACUCUUUCUGCCUGGUCGUCGCGAUCGUGGGAACAUUCCUGGCGGAACGGAUGGGCCGCAAGCUGCUUGCCGAGCUGUCCACCGCAGGCUGCAUGAUAUUCCUGAUCCUCAUCGGCGUGCUGACGAAAUAUUACGGCACGUCGACCAAUACGUCGGCCAUCUAUGCGACCGUCGCCAUGAUAUUUCUCGCACAGGGGUCGUACAGCUUCGCGUGGACCCCGCUGGCAGUCAUGUACCCGCCGGAAAUCCUGAACUACUCGCUUCGUUCGGCGGGUAUGGCGUGGUUCACCAUCUGGCAAAACGCGACUCUGCUCGUGCCCAUCUUCGCGUUUCCCGUCGCGAUUGAGAGCAUCGGCUGGAUCAUCUACGUCCUGAACGGGGUCUUCGACUUCUUUGUGAUCCUGGUCAUCGUGUUCUCCUGGGUCGAGACCAAGGGCUUGUCGCUGGAGGAGGUCUCCGGGCUGUUUGAGCCGCAGACCGGCGCUGCGCUGAUCGGGAUUGAUGCGGCAAUCCAGGAGGCUCGGAAUGAAGGCGUCGAGGUGCUGGAGAUCAUGCCGAACAAGGCGGUCAGGUGGCCUCGGGAUGAAGCCGGUGACCUUGUGAUGAAUGAAAAAUCGGUCUGA